UAAAAACAUAUCAUAUUAAAAUGACUACUGAAGGUAAAGUUAUUACAUGUAAAGCCGCCGUUGCUUGGGAAGCCAAUAAGCCAUUAAGCAUUGAAGAAAUUGAAGUUGAACCACCAAAGAAGGGUGAAGUUAGAGUUAAAAUUUUAUAUACUGGUGUUUGUCAUACUGAUUCAUAUACAUUAUCAGGUCAAGAUCCAGAAGGUAUUUUCCCAUGUAUUUUGGGUCACGAAGGUGGUGGUGUUGUUGAAUCAAUUGGUGAAGGUGUUGAAACUGUCAAAGUUGGUGAUCAUGUUAUUCCAUUAUAUAUUCCAGAAUGUAAAGAAUGUAAAUUCUGUAAAUCUAAUAAAACCAAUCUUUGUUCAUUAAUUCGUAUCACUCAAGGUAGAGGUCAAAUGCCAGAUGGCACCACUAGAUUCAAAUGUAAAGGUAAGGAAAUUUUCCAUUUCAUGGGUACCAGUACUUUUUCAGAAUACACUGUUUUACCAGAAAUCUCUGUUUGUGUUGUUAGAAAAGAUGCUCCACUCGAUAAAGUUUGUUUAUUAGGUUGUGGUAUUACCACUGGUUUUGGUGCUGCUAAAUUCACUGCCAAAGUUGAUGAAGGUUCAACUGUUGCUAUUUUUGGUCUUGGUGCUGUUGGUUUAAGUGUUGCUCAAGGUGCUGUUGAUUGUGGCGCUAAAAGAAUUAUUGGUAUUGAUACCAACGAAUCUAAAUUUGAAAGUGGUAAGUUAUUUGGUUGCACCGAAUUUAUCAAUCCACUCAAAGAUGUCCCAGCUGGUAAAAAUAUUCAACAACACAUUGUCGAUAUCACUGAUGGUGGUGUCGAUUAUUCAUUUGAAUGUAUUGGUAAUGUCAAUGUUAUGAGAUCCGCCCUUGAAUGUUGCCAUAAGGGCUGGGGUGUUUCAACCAUUGUCGGUGUUGCACCAGCCGGCACCGAAAUUUCAACUCGUCCAUUCCAAUUAGUUACUGGUAGAGUUUGGAAAGGUUCCGCUUUUGGUGGUGUCAAAUCACGUUCACAACUUCCAUUAAUUGUAGACAAAUAUAUGGACAAGAAAUUAAAAGUUGAUGAAUAUGUCACUUUUACUUAUCCAUUAAGUGAAAUUAAUGAAGCUUUUCAUGUUAUGCACGAAGGAAAAAGUCUCCGUUCAGUUGUCCAUUUUGAAAAGUAAACUUAUAAUAAAAAUUUAAAAUAUUUUAAAUUGUGU